GAGGGGCUGUGCACACAGACGAUACAGACGGAAGAGCUGGACUGACGGGGCGCUGGUUGCAUAGCUACGGUAUCUACGAUACUCUUCGCACAUGGUUUGUUCUCCUCAGGUUCUUCACACGCGGCGACCACUCGCCGUUUUCCCCAGCUCACUGGUUGGCUGGCUGGUUGGUUGGCACUGGAUGGCUGUUGCAUUCGCCAUUCGUUUCGGUAGACGGGAACAACAGACCAGAGCAGAAAGAACAGAAAGAACAGAAAAAGGAACUUCGACUUUCGACUUUCCACUUCCAGGAAGGAACGCGAAAAAAAAGUUGGGGGUGUUCUGUGGUGGCACAUGAUGGGAUUCCUACGGAUGGGGGAUAGGUCGCUGGGGCACUGGGGCUUGGGACUAUUUCCCGAUGCGGGCGUUGCAACUUGCUGCUCGUCGACGAAUCAUGGUGCCGUUUGGGGGGUAUGCAGGGGAUGCAGGGG